GUGUGUUUGUGCGCAUGUGCGUGUGCGUGCUCCCUCUGCCUCUUCCGUCCUGAUACCCCACCAGCCAAUCUGAUUGUUGUCUUGUAAGCGUCACCUCCUCUGCUCCGCCUGCUGCAAUAUGUCAGCCUAUUCAGGAGAAUGGGGGCUUAUCCCCUCCCCCCUACACACACACACACACACACACACAACCACCACUGCUGCAUGGGACAGUCCUUUUGCACAGCUUAAAGGAGAAAGUUAGCAAGGGCGUAUAGGUACAUGUGUGCCUGUGUGCCUGUGUAUGUGUGUAUCUGAAGGACCAUAACACAUGCAUGGCUUUACGGAGCAGGCCACCUCAUCAUCCUCUGUCUCCAUUCUCUCUCUUCUUGUCUGUCUCCCUCCCCAUCUCUGUAUCAAAGGUGGUCUCUCCCUGCCUGAGGAGCUGAAUUAGAAAGAGGAGGUGUGAAGAAGAGGAGGAACGGGCAGGUAGCAGGAAGAAGAGAUGAAGGGGACGGGAAUCGCAGAGGACAGUCUUCCACCUGAGGAGGCCAGAGGACAGGGGGAUGAAGAGGACGAGGAGGAACAGGAAGAGGAAGAGGAGAUGACGGACGAGAUGAAGGAACGUUUAGUUGCAGAGAAGGCCGAGUCACAGGAGAGGGUGGCUCAAAGGCAGGCCAUGGCCAUAGAGGAGCUCAUCCACACGGAGAGAACAUUCCUCAAACACCUUCAGCUUUGCACAGGAACCAUUAGAACUAACCUGGAGAAGAUAGAGCCUCCGCUGCCGAACCUCUGUGGAAUGUUCCAGCACAUUGAGGAGGUGAUGGAUGUGUCGUCACGUCUGCUACGACUCCUGGAGCAGCCCAAGACCCAACCCUCGGACCCCAGCUUCCUCCAGCACCUCUGUGACUCCUUCCUGAGCCUGUCUCAGGACAUAGAGAUGGCUUAUAAGGAGUACCUGGCCGACUACAGCAACGUGACAGCCCUGGAAAACAGCUACAAGCAGAAGGAGGCUCAGUGGGCAGAGAUGGUCACAGUGGUCAAGACCUCGGCGCCAGAGGUGAAUGCGUCCAACCUCACCUUCUUCCUGGUGAUGCCGGUGCAGCGUAUCGCGCGCUACCCGCUGCUGCUGCAGACCAUCCAGAAGCACACGGAGCCAUCGCACGCCGCGUACCAGUCGCUUACUCAGGCCGCACACACCGCCGUGCAGCUCAACUGCCGCAUCAACGAGUACAAGCGCUUCCGGGAAGUGGCGGACAAGUACAAACGCACAGAGAAUCUGACCAUCCGUGACAAAAUCAACCGUCUGAGCGGGCACAGCAUUGCCAAGAAGACGGCACGCCUCAGCCAGUUCCUGAAGCACGAGACCGGCAUGGUGCCACAGACAAAGGACGAGGAGUUUGACACCCUGGUGGCAUUCUUCUUUGUUUUGGAAAAAGGUGUGACGGAGCUACAAGAGAACCUGUCUGCCUACCUGAGCCACCUACAGAGGUUGCAGAGCUGCCGUGCCGAGGACCACGAUCUAGAUAUGGAGGCGGAUAAAGGAGCACUGUUCUCCCGAGAGAUUGCUGUGGCCUUACGCCAGUGGAUCUACCCCGAGUUUGAGCGGCGUCUGCACACGCUGGUCUUCCGACCGCUGUGCUCCAUGCGGGAGCUGCUGGUGGGGCCGAGGAACCUGAUCCGCAAGCGGCGCGACAAGCUGCUGGACUACGAGCUGCUGGAGGAGAAGAGCAGCCUGAGCUACGAGGAGCAGGCGGUAGCCAACACCUACCGCACCAUCCAUGCCCUGUUGCUGUCAGAGCUGCCCCAGUUCAACGCCCGCAUGAGGGAGCUGCUGCUGGCGGCCCUGGGGAACCUCUCCUGCCUGCUGAAAGACCUCAGCACAGACAUGGAGCAGCUUGCCAACAGCUUUACACAACAGCUGCCUCAUAGCUGGAUGGAUUCUGUAGAGUUUUGGAAGUGGGCGGAAGGUUCUGUUCUGGAGGCGGGCCUGUGUCUGGAGACUCUGUGUCAGAGCGUUCAGGACGAGCUCAAUGCUCCUAUUGUGCAGCCUCUCAGCAGUCCGUCCCAAAAGAGGCUGAAGGCCCUGGUAGAGCGUCAUGGGCCGGAUAAGAUCUACCAGCUGACGGCUCCAGUGGUGGGAGCGCGCGACCUUGACCUGACCCUGGAAAAAGGCGAGCUGGUGGCCAUGGUGAGCCAGAUGGACACGCGCGGAGACCGCCGUCGCUGGCUGGUGGAUGCAGGCGGUCCCCGGGGGUAUGUCCCAUCCUCCAAGCUGAUGCGCUUUCAGCAGGUUGCUGCAGCCGUGGCAUUCCCACCGCAGGUUGUUCGGGAAAUGCCUCCUGCAUCGCCCUAUCUGUCGGCCACACUUCCUGCUCCAAGCAACCGCAGACACACCUGCCACUCAGCACCCCCCUCUCCAGGUUUCAAUGUGGCCGCGGGCAAUUAUCUAACUCAGCAGGUCUAUGCAGGGUACGACUUCACGGCUCGCGGGAACCAUGAGCUGUCCCUGCGCGCAGGGGAACCGGUGCGGGUGCUGGAGCCCCACGACAAGAGGGGCAACGCAGAGUGGAGCCUGGUGGAGGCACGUGGGCAGAAGGGAUACGUGCCCUCCAACUAUCUCGCCCGGCUGCCCGCUAUGGUGGCAUCACCCACCUUCACCUACCACUAGUGACACACACACACGCACACGCACUGGAUUAUUGGAACAUUGAAUUAAAUAUACUUUUGUAAAUACCUGGCAUGUGUAUACACAUACGUUGGAUGAAGUACAGUAUAUAAAUGCAGUGCGAUAGCUGCCUGUCUGGAAUUAGCUGCCUGUGAUGGUGGCAUCAUCCACCUUCCUCUACCUACCGCUAAUGAGACACAUGCUAUUUGCAUACGCACGCGCGCACGCGCGCGCGUGUGUGUGUGUGUGUGUGUGUGUGUGUGUGCGCGCGCGCGUGCGUGCGUGUGGAUAAGCAGAACUGUUCAAGGGUGCUGUGUGCUGAUUAGAUGAGGAGUGUUGCACACUGAUUAUGUGCUUUAACUGAACACCAUGGCUGCUGGUGCAGUAGCACCACAUUGCAUCCCGAAGCCAUUGUUGCAAUGGGAAAAAAACAUCCGUCGUUGGACAAUAUGGAGAUCAGAAAGCAAGAAGAAAAGGAGUCUCACACACAAGAGCUAAAUGUUAUGGAAAACUCAAUGAAUGUAAGCCAAAGACUAGUAAAGAGAAGUGGGAGACUUUUUUUCAGUUCUAGCCCAUCGUCAGCAUCCCUGGUUUGUAUGGGAUCCUCUUUUUCUUGCUCUCUGUAUUGACAUUUUUUUAGAAUUAUUCAAUGAGCAAGGUGCUUCAUCCCCGGAUGCCACCCUCAACCUGCUUCAUAUGAAGGAGAACAGAUACUGUUUUCAGGCUGACCAGAACGGUGCCUGUGCCAGUGCCUGCACCAUUUACGUUUGGCACUAAAGAGUUCACCCGUGUUCAUACCAGGCUCUGAACUUUUUCUGCAUGUGACUAUGUUACCCGGAUGUCGUCACGGUUUGCUGAAAAAAAAUAUUUUUCGAUUUGCAGUGCAAACCAACUUUCCAGUUCGCGAACACUAAGAUCUGUGGUGUGAACACACCGGGCAGUUCACGACUAGCUGCUGGAACGGGAACAGGCACUGGCACGGUUCUCAGUCGGCCUGAAUGCGCCAUCAGGUGCUACACAAGCACGUGCAGCCUGGGUGCCGGUGCCUUUCACACCCCUGCUGUUGUCUGUCUGAGCCUUUCCUGCUGACCCACUGGAAUUAAAGGCACCAUGCAAGGGCUUUUUGUGCCAUUUGAAGUGCAUGCAAAUGCAUGCAAAAAUCAACUAUAGCCUACUGUACAUACAGUACCAAGGAGUGUGAAGGAAAAUUCCUACUGGCAUAUGCUAGAAAAUGUUCAACUUGCAAGAAAAUAAUUUCUAUACAGAUGCAAAGGAUUGUGUCAGGUACAUUUGUAUAGUCCUAGUUCUUUUGUCCCAGUGUUAUUGUAGUGGGGGGUGGGUGAAACAUUUAAUAAAAAUAAUACAAAUUUGAAAUUUUCAUUGAAAAAUUAAGCUAAACAUAGUACUGUAACGAAGGGGAGUACAGUUUCCUAGCUGGGACUCGAACCCAGACCUUCUGGGGCAGUAAACUGGGGCUCUGACCGCUACACCAAAGAGCCAGGCACAUUGGCUUGACAGUCAGAAUACACCCACAACCCUAGUGAUAGUCACUCCAUCACACUGCCUUCUCCUUCGGGAAGCGCACCCGUGCGCUCACACACUCAUGGUGUCCCUCACGCUUCUCCCAUCAUCAAUGCUUCACUCAUCACUGGGGUCCCUCGCACCGGGGUCACCAAUCCUGGGGGUCCCUCACAUAGAAUUACGGCUCACACACAAUGGAUACGCUUCCGAUGGCCUCACGGUAGCCAUCCCACUUCUGACACCAUUUUUAGUGAAGGGGAGUAGAGUUGCCCAGCUGGGACUCGAACCCAGACCUUCUGUGGUAGUAAACUGGGCCUCUGACCACUACACCAAAGAGCCAGGCUCAGAACACACCCACAACCCUAGUGAUGGUCACUCCAUCACAAGCACAUUUAUAUAUAAUCAUCAAUAAUUUUAAGAACUUUAAACGUGGUGUAUUUCACUCACACCCUGAAUGUGAAACACUACUGGAUAUGGCAAAAAAAAUACUGUAAUGACAUAAAACUCUUCUGUGAGUCUACAAUUACCAAGUGGUACCAAAUUAGUUCCUUCUCAGACUUUUUAAAGUUAAAAUCCCCAGGCGAUUAAAAAUAUUGUAAGAACCAUCCCUGAAAGCAGAGUGACAACCAACCCCAACUCUUUUAGAGGCUAGCUCCCACAUUUAACCAAAUUAGCUGACUCUACUGUAUACUUUCAAAAGGCAAUACUGAUUGUCUUAUUCUUUUCAUAGUGUAACGAGUGAGAAGAAAAACAUCAGACUUCUCAAAUGUUCAUGUGAAAAACACAUUGUUUUAUCUCACCUCAAGGUUAUAAUGUUUAUACGUCCUCUGUCCUGUGACCAUAAUUACAAACAUUUCUGUGUCAAUGGGUUUUGGCAGUGGCCUUUAGAGGCUGAGAUAUGAUGACUGUGACAACCAACCCUGUUCUCCCCUAAAUAGCAUUGCCUUUGAAUCACCUUCAGAAUUUAGUGGGUUAACUGACUAGCAUUGGUCAAACUGUUAAAUAUCUGUGGUUAUAAACAUUUUCUGAUCAUGGACAGUUGGCAUUUCAUCGUAACACAUCCUUUUACCAGAUAGGCAAACAAUGGACACAAAAAAGGCACAAAAUCACUUGUGGUGCUUUUACCCUGAGAAGGAACCUACAGUAAAAUUCCCUCACACUGGAUUCUAAUUAACAUCAUGACUAUAUUUUUGAUUAUGCUGCUGGUGCUUUGUUCUUUUUUCCCCUUCCACCGCUCUAAUUAUUUAUGGUGCAGAGGGAGGGAAGCCAAUGAGCAGAUUAUUCUGCUUGGCGUGUUGGUGUCAUUCUCUAUGUUAAACACUAGAGGGGGCAGCACACCACUUCUCACCAGAGCACUGCUCUGCUUCUCACCCAGUGUGGCCUGGAGGCACUAUAUCCCUCUCAUUUUGAACCAAAUUGUAAUGAUCUUUAUGACUUUUACCUGCAGACGGCAAACCUAAACAGGCCAAUUGGGCGGGAAAUCAGCCAAUAUGGCAACACUUCUCACCCAGGAGGUGUUUUACCACCACAGCAGUAUUAUUGUUGUUGAUAUUAUUAUUCUUAUUAUCCUUGAAAUCAGUAUGUUAUUUAUUUCAUCUUUGGAGAACUGGAAUGCACAUGUCAUUGUGCUGAGUGAUUGUUCUAACAUUGGCUUGGAUUGUAUAUUGAUUGCUGUAUAUUUGCCGUCCAUCCUGAGUGGAUUGUUUGCACUGAAACAGUGAUUUAACAGUGAUUAAAUUAGUCAAGCAUGAGACAUUGUAACUCUGUUGGCUUGAUGUAAUGGUGUGUUUGUGUGUGUG